AUGGACGCGUCGGAUCUCGUCGACGAUGAGGCGGCCAUCGCGCAGCAGAAGCUGUCGAACGAAGAGUACAAGAUCUGGAAGAAGAACUCGCCCUUCCUGUAUGAUCUCGUGGUGACGCAUGCGCUCGAGUGGCCGUCGCUCACGUGCCAGUGGUUCCCGGACAAGGAGACGCCGGCGGGGCAGUCGUACACGCAGCACCGGCUGCUGCUGGGCACGCACACGUCCGAGCAGGACCAGAACUACCUGCAGAUCGCUCAGGUGCAGCUGCCCACCACGGGCGCCGACGGACCGUCGAACGCCGCCGAGUCGCGGCUCGACCUCAAGCAGUACGACGAGGACAAGGGCGAGAUCGGCAGCUACUCGGCCACCACGGCGCGCCUCACCAUCGUCCAGAAGAUCAACCACGACGGCGAGAUCAACCGCGCGAGAUACUGUCCGCAGAACUGCGACCUGAUCGCCACGCGCACCGUCACGGGAAAGACGUACGUCUUUGACCGCACCAAGCACUCCAACACGCCCUCGGCCGAUGGAGUUUGUCGGCCCGAUAUUGAGCUCGAGGGCCAGACGGCGGAAGGGUAUGGCUUGAGCUGGUCGCCGCUGAAGCAGGGCCACAUCUUGGCGGCUAGUGAAGACACUACAGUGUGCCACUGGGAUAUCAACCAGUACACCAAGGGCAACAACACGCUGCAGCCCGUGGCGACGUACACGGGGCACACGGCGAUUGUCGAGGAUGUGGCGUGGCACAACCACCACGAGUCGCUGUUCGGUUCGGUGGGCGAUGAUCGUCAGCUGCUCAUCUGGGAUGUUCGCGAGGCACCGACCGCACCCAAGUACCGCGUCGAGGCGCACGCGGGCGAGGUCAACACGCUCGCGUUCAGCCCGGACAACGAAAACAUCCUCGUGACGGGAUCGUCGGACAAGACGCUGGGUGUGUGGGAUCUGCGCAACCUCAAGGUGAAGCUGCACUCGCUCGAGGCGCAUACCGACGAGAUCCUCUCUGCGUGCUGGAGCCCGCAUAAUCCGACCGUGCUGGCGAGCGCAAGUGCCGAUCGAAGGGUCAACAUCUGGGACCUCAGCAAGAUCGGUCAGGAACAGACGCCCGAGGAUGCAGAAGACGGUCCGCCCGAAUUGGUCUUUGUGCACGGUGGGCAUACCAGCCGACCAACCGAUCUCGGCUGGAGCCCCCAUCUCGAAUGGGCCCUUACCACGGCGGCCGAGGACAAUAUCGUCAUGGUCUGGAGACCGAGUAAGGCCGUCAUCGACACGGGCAACGAACAUGUCGCUCCCGAAGACCUCGAAUAA